AUGAAAAGUGUUGAUUUAAUUUACAGUUCCUUUAAGCAACUCUUUGGAGUUGAAGUAUCAGAAAUGACUACAGUUGGUGACACUAUUCCGAUUCCUAAAUUUCAAGAAUCAACACUCAAAGAUUUAAUAAAUGAAGCGCUUAAGACUUACUCUAAGCCUACACCCGUUGUUAAUAUAAAUGACAAUGUUGUAAUAGUUGGCGAUUUACAUGGAAAUUUACAUGACCUGCUUCGCAUUAUUAAAAAAUGUGGACAACCAAAUACUCAAAAGUAUGUUUUUCUAGGUGAUUAUGUUGAUAGAGGUCAAUAUUCUUUAGAAGUGAUAGUACUUCUUCUUACAUUUCGAGUACUUUAUCCAAAUUCAGUGACAUUAUUAAGAGGAAAUCACGAAGUUGCAGAAAUCAACGUUAAAUAUGGCUUUCACUUAAAUGUUGCUUCAAUGUAUGGUCAAUCUAUUCUUUGGGAUCUUUUCAAUGAUGUUUUCGCCCUUUUUCCAUUUGUUGCCAUUGUUCAGAAAGACAUUUUCUGUGUUCAUGGUGGCAUUUCUCAACAUGCUAAAUUUUUAAUCGAUAUUAAGUCCAUACAAGUCCCUACUCUUGAAUCCUGUGAUAUAGUGAAUGACCUACUAUGGUCAGAUCCUGUAGAUUCCGAAGAAAAAUUUGCACCAAAUAAUAGAGGAUUAAGAUGUCAAUUUAAUGCAGAAGCAACUAAAGAGUUUCUACAAUUAAACAAUUUUAGUUGCAUUAUUCGAGGGCAUCAAUGCGUUUUUAACGGUAUAGAGUGCAAACACGGAGAUGAUGUAAUUACGGUUUUUAGCUCCUCAAACUAUUCAGAUUACAAGAAUAAAUGCGGAUAUCUAAUAUUGAACGACAAGAUCUGCUAUGAAGCAUUCUAUCCAGCCGAUUUUGUAAAAAGACAAGAUGCUGUUUUCUUCGAUGUCAUUCCUUGCGGAACUUUUGAUAUCAGAAGAAAUUCAAUAUCCAACAUUUCCGUAAAUUCUUGGAGAUUCCCGAAAAUACGAUCUGGACACUCCGUUAUAAAAGAGAAAACAAGACCAAUACAUGUAACACCUACAAUUCCUAUACUUCAGAAUACGAUAUAG